AAUUAUACUCGCCAGUCUUAAAUUCCGGACUAUUUUAUAAAAAACGCGAAAAAAUGUUAUUAAUCUGACUUAUAAAUAAAUGUUGUGUUUAAGUGAAUCGGGCUUUGUUAUCAAAUCAACUUAGAACCAAAAACUGGAUAGAAUAAGAGAGAAAACUCCGAAAUAAGUACAUACCAUAUAUACACAUUAAAAUGAACAACUUUACCAGCAGAUAUUGGCCGAUUGUUCUUUGCAUUUUCUCAUUCUCAGUGUCUUUUAUCGACGGCUCUUUUAUAUUGCCUGAGAAUGACCCUCCCACUACGGCGCCAAAAUUUUUGUCCAGAGGUCACUUAUACAAGGUCAUCGUUGGUGAGACCAUCGAGUUGCCCUGCAAAGUACAAAACCUUGGGUCGUUUGUGCUUUUGUGGCGAAAGGGUUCAUCCGUGCUCACAGCCGGGCAUUUGAAAAUAACAAGGGAUCAGCGCUUUAAAAUAGUUGGAGACUAUAACUUGCAGAUUAAUGGAGUAAAGACCCAAGACGCUGGAGAUUAUAUAUGCCAGCUGGGAGAUCAGGAAAAUCGCGACCAAGUGCAUACAGUAGAAAUAUUGGUCCCGCCUACACUGAGGGCCCUUCCACACAACGGACAAGUGACUGCUCGGAAGGGAAGCACCGUCACCUUAGAGUGCAAGGCGUCCGGUAAUCCGGUGCCCACAAUAUUCUGGUUCAAGAAAGAUGUAUUCUCCGGGCCAACCCACUUGUCGGAUAGCUCAACGCUUAUAUUGGAAAAUGUGGACAGGCAUAACGCAGGAACAUACCAGUGUUCCGCAGAUAAUGGGGUUAAAGAUCGCGUAUCCAUGGACAUACAACUGACUAUACUUUCUCCCCCAGAAAUAACUGUGCAGAAGUCCUGGGUCCAUGCAUCCGAAGGAUACGAUGUGGAGCUGGUGUGCAUUGUUCAUGGGGAUGUGAACUCAGAAAUGCUGUGGUACCAAAACUCAUUCCUACUUGAUGCAACCGACCGGCGGUCUAUGUAUCCAAGCAAUGAUAAAUACAGCCUCAUUAUCCGGAACUUCCAGCCAACGGAUUUCGGCAAUUACAGCUGCGUGGCAGAUAAUGCAUUGGGGAGAACAAAGAAAUAUAUUGAAGUAUCUGGGCGACCAGGUCCAGCUGAUUUUAUUUCCCCAGCAUUAAGUGGAUUCCUGGACCAUUAUAAUUUGACGUGGACAAUUGAGUCUAUUCCUCCGCUGGAUGAGAUUAAGCUUUUGUAUCGGCGUCUAUUGAUGAACGAGACCUAUCAACAUCCUGGCAAAUGGCAUGAAUAUCACAUCAAGCCAACGCCAAUUAGAACUGAUGCAUCCCACUUCCAAAUGUCGUAUCUUGUCAAAAAUUUGGAGCACAAUGCUGUCUAUGAAGCAAUUGUUCAGGCUAAAAACAAAUAUGGAUGGAACGAGAUCAGUGAUAUUCAUCAGUUUUACACGCGAAAUCAUGACCUUCUUCUCGAUAUUGAUAUGGAAUAUAAAAUGGGCAUUUCAAGCAAUAUUAGAAUAUCCCCUACAGUCUUUGGAAUAGCAUUAUCUACUCUUAUGUUAGUUUUCUGUCCCUUCAUUAGCGUUUAAGAGAUGAGUAGGGUUUAUUUGCAAAUAUAAUUUAAAUGGUGCCUUACUAAAACUUUAGCAAAUAAUUAAACUUACAUAUAUGUACAUUAAGAAAUCGUAUUAAAUGACAUCUCAAUAGAAUACUUCUCUCAAUAGAUUAAAAAUGAAUGAACUUCCGCAAUGUUUAACUAUAUGAAGAUGAUCUUUAAAGGUAUUUUCUUUUCUAUGCAGAAAAAAAAAACAUUUACAUAAUUGCUUGAAGAAAAAAAAAUUAGCAAGUUGUGAAGAUAAUUUACUAUUUAUUAAAAAAAAAAUUGUCAAAGAUUUUAGAAAUUAUUUCGUUAGUUUUUUGGUGUAUUCUUUGCGUUGGUUUUUUAUUUCAUGGUAUAGAAACUUUAUGUAGGCAUUAGGAGUGUUUUAAACUUCGAGUAAAGAAUCCUGAGCAUAAAUGUUAGGCUCAGUCUACCGAUAGCCCGAUCCAUGAACUGAGUACCGGAUUAUAUCAUAAUUAUUCUCAAAACAGAUCUUAAAUCAGCCCAAACGAAAUUGCUAAUAUUAUUAAGGAAAAAUUAAGUCGUACCAUAAGGGUCCGAAAGAAGGCCAUUUACAUAAGGAAGAACUUAUCUUAAUACGAUCGGCAAAUGAGCCAUUGAACUUAACUAAGGAAAGCGAAAUUCGAAUAUUUGCACAAAAAAUAUAUGUAAAUACAUAGGCACAAGUACUGUCAACACAUUUUUGAGUGACAAUGAGCAUGUCGAUGUCAGAUAAAAAACACUUACCACGUUUAUACGAAGCAUAUCUCCACAGCCCUACUUGGUUCUGCAUUACAGUUUGAUGGUUUUUCUGAGUUGUGAAUUUCAAAGGCACACAAGGGCAAUAAGAAAUGUUUUAUAUAAUUUAGUUAGUUACGUAAUUGUUAUUUCCCAGAAUUGUGAGAAAUUUUCUAACAUAUCGAGGUAGGUUCAUUUAUGUUUUUAUAUCCUCAUUCGUAAAAGCGUAGCAAUUGCUAAAAAUCUUCUGUAUGGUUAUUUGGAAAGUAUAAAAUGUGGAAACAAAAUUCUCUACAGUUACACAAUAGGUAUUAUUGUCCGAUUUGUGACGCUGCUUCUUGGGAAAACAUUAAACAAUUCACCUUAAAUAGAAGAAACUUUAGGUUUAUUUUAACUGAUUUUUUCUUUCAUUCUGGGUAGUAGGCAUUACGGAGAUAAGCAAUUUGACAACUUAAAAGAUCAGCAUUAAAACUCACAGCUGAAAAAAGCUUAGCAUUUUCAUAUAAAAACUUAAACGAAUACAGUAUAUACCCUCCUGUAAUCAUAAAAUACAUUUACACAUAUUGCAAUGUCGUUCAACGAUUGUAGAUACGUUUUCAUAUUAGAUAACAGGAAAAAAAUCACUUAAAAAAUAAAUACAUAGAACUUUAAAUAGUUAUGUAAUAGGAAUCGUCGGUCUGGAAGAUAAUCUUCCUCAGUUACUUAUAUCAGUCUUUCUAAAGGGGUUUUUGUAUUCACAAAUUAUCAAUAAAACUAAUAUUUUUUAUGGAUUCAUGUAAAUACUUGCAUGCAAAAAGUAAUCUUUUGGAGGAGCAGAGAUGAUUCAGAUUAUAACAAAUUUUGAUAGAUAAGACCAAUGAUGUUGUUUUGUUAAUUUUUUUUUUAGUUCUUACAUAUAUUUUUUUGAUUCAAUGGCAUCCAUUUGUGUAGAUAUUUUUACGUUUCCUGAAGUCCCUCUAUCUUAAAAAAUAGUAAAGCUCCACAUUACAAAUAGAAAUAUCUUUAGAUACAUAAUCAAACAAUAACAUAUUAAUAGACUUUAAUUAAAAAUUUGAACAAGAAAGGAGAACUGUAUGAUACAAAAUUUAUCUUUUAACCCGGGAUAAAAUAAAAGUAGUGUUAAUAAUUAUAAUUUUGUAAGUUUAUGCGUAUGAAUGUCCCAAUACAUAUGUGUAAGCAAAUAUAUGUGCGCAAUAUCCGUAAAGUUUGGAUCGUAUUAUGGACGUAAUAAUAAAAAUAAAGUAUCUUUUAUUUUAAGUGUAAGUGUUCUUAGGCAUAAGAAAUAGAAAAUAUCUUAAUAGUGUUAUAAUUUCCAUAAAAAAAGAUUUACUUUACAGUAAGCGUGUAAGAUCUACCUACUAAUAAUGAAUGGCAUUAUACAUACAUAACAAACUUACAAAGCACGAAUAAAUCAUUUUACUAG